AUGCUGUCUCGAAAUGUCGCCGCCGUCUGCAGACAACGCACGAGGGCGUGUCUGCAUGCCCCGUCACGCUCACUAGCCUCCGUCGCCGACGCACCCGCCGCGUCCUCCUCCACGUCCUCCGCCGCCAGCGCGCCGAACGUCGUCCUCAAUGCCGCCGUCAUCCUCAACCGCUCCCCCAUCCUGACUCGCACGCCCACGCUCUUCGAGCGCGCGUACUUCGCCUACCAGUCGCGCAUCCGCCGCGCCAUCUUCAACCCCUUCCCGACCGAGUUCUACUUCAAGACCGGCUCGCUGCUCGAGCGCAAGUUCGCAAGGGAGGAGCGCCUGCGCGAGCGCGAGGCGUUUGGUGGCCCGUGGUCGCUGAAGCGACGCAAGCCUGCGGCCGCUGCUAUGGACGAGGACGGCGUGCCUCUUGCAUCGGGUGACCAGGCGGACAAUAUGGGCGAAGAGCCCGUCGAGCCUCCUGCGCCGCGGAUACACGAGUCGGACAAGACGGGGGAUGUGAAGAGUUUGGAUCGGAAGGGCGAGCGUAACCUGUACUUGCUCGUCCGAGGGAAGGACCACGCGGGCAAGCAGGUGUGGAGGUUCCCCCAAGGCCCUCUACAGGAGGGAGAGCAAUUGCACAAGGCGGCACUGCGUGACCUUGAAGCAGAGUGUGGUAUUAACAUGGACGCCUGGGUCGUAGGCAAGAAGCCCAUUGCCGUGUAUCAACCCUCAUUACCCGAGAGCACCAAGAAGACUCUCGGCGGCGAGCUUUACACCUUCUUCCUCAAGGCACACAUCCUCGCGGGUCAGGUCCGGCCAGACGGCAAGAACGUCACCGACUUCGCGUGGCUCACAAAAGAGGAGAUCGAGCUUCGAGUGGAGAAGGAUUACUGGGCGAGCGUGGAGGGUAUUCUAUCUGACUUCUAA